AUGGUGACGUCAGCGCUUAUCUACUGGGCUCUCCAUGCGCUCUCAUUGGUGGUUCACAUCCGUGACGUGUGCGUGAUGACCGCUCCGUUCUUCGCGUCAAACACCGCCAUGGUCGCGUAUUUCUUCGGAAAGGAGAUCCGCGAUUCGGGAACCGGUCUUAUCGCCGCGAUCUUCCUGGCCAUCUGCCCGGGUUACAUUUCGCGAUCCGUCGCAGGAUCGUACGAUUACGAGUGCAUCGCCAUUUUCGCGAUGAUCCUCACGUUCUUCCUCUUCGUGAAGGCCAUUAACACCGGCUCUCUCGCCUGGGCUGCCGGCGCCGCGCUCACUUAUUUCUACAUGGCAGCAUCAUGGGGAGGCUACAUCUUUAUCAUCAAUCUGAUUCCGAUCUACGUGGUGGUGCUGCUGAUCACGGGGCGCUACACCCCGCGGCUUUAUAUCGCGUACAACGCGUUUUACAUCAUCGGAAUGCUGCUGGCGAUGCAGAUCCGGUUCAUCGGCUUCCAGCACGUUCAGUCCAGCGAGCACAUGGCGGCCCUCGGCACCUUCUGCCUCAUCCAGGUGUUUUUCUUCGUGGACUGGGUGAAGCACCAGCUCGCGGAUCCGAAGCUCUUCCGCACCUUCCUGCGCGUCGUCGUCUUCUCCUUCGGUGGCGUCGGCGCUCUCGCCUUCGCCGUCGGCAUGGCCACCGGUUACAUCUCGCCGUGGACGGGGCGGUUCUACUCGCUGCUGGACCCCACGUACGCCAAGGACCACAUCCCCAUCAUCGCGUCCGUGUCGGAGCACCAGCCCACCGCCUGGUCCUCCUUCUUCUUCGACUUCCACAUCCUCCUCAUCCUCUUCCCCGCUGGUCAGUGCCGCCCUUGCCCCCAUCUUCCCUCCCCUCUUCCUCCUCACCUUCCGCAAAACACUCGGAGGCUCUACUUCUGCUUCAAGCGUCUCAACGAUGCGUCCAUGUUCGUGAUCAUCUACGGGCUCACAGCCAUGUACUUCGCGGGCGUCAUGGUGCGCCUCAUCCUCGUCGCCACGCCCGCCCUCUGCCUCCUCGGCGCCGUCGCCGUCAGCGCCUCCCUCUCCCGCCUCUCCGCCAUCGCCCGUGAGAAGACUCCGGAACCUGCUGCUGCUGCUGCUGCUGCUGCUGCACCCAGCUCUGCGAAGCUGUCUGGGAAGGCGAGGGACAAGCUGAAGGGUGCGCAGGACAGCUCGCUGCCGUACCAGAAGGAGGGCGCAGUGGUGCUGAUAGCGGGGAUAUUCUUCUGCCUGAUCAAUUUCGCGCGGCACUGCACGUGGGUGACGUCGGAGGCGUACUCAUCCCCGUCCAUUGUGCUCAUGGCCCGCCAGCACAACGGCGACCGCGUCAUCUUUGAUGACUUCCGUGAGGCCUACUUCUGGCUCAAACACAACACCAAGCCCGAUGCCAAGGUGAUGUCGUGGUGGGACUACGGGUAUCAGAUCACAGCAAUGGCGAACCGCACAGUCAUCGUGGACAACAACACGUGGAACAACACUCACAUCGCCACUGUGGGGCGCGCCAUGGCCUCGUACGAGGAGCAGGCGUACGGCAUCAUGCAGCAACUGGACGUUGAUUACGUGCUCGUGGUGUUUGGAGGAGUCACGGGCUACUCGUCCGAUGAUAUCAACAAGUUCCUGUGGAUGGUGCGCAUUGGAGGGGGGGUGUUUCCGGACAUAAAGGAGCCGGACUAUCUCAACAAUGGGGACUAUCGCACCGACGCGAAUGGCUCGCCCAAGAUGCUCAACUGCCUCAUGUACAAAAUGUGCUACUACCGCUUUGGCGAGCUGCAAACGGAAUAUGGCAAGCCAACCGGGUGGGACCGGGCACGCGGGUACGAGAUAGGCAACAAGGACAUCGAGCUGGAGUACAUUGAAGAGGCGUUCACCUCGGCCAAUUGGAUCGUGCGCAUCUACCGCGUCAAACAGCCCGACAACCGCUGGUAG